UUCAACAGAUCUCGCUGUUUUUCGAUGUAAAAACAAAUGCCGCACGCCAGCCGUUCACCAGUUUCUGAAAUCUGAAGUGACAAUUGACAAAUGACAAUACUGACAAAUCGUUUUUCGAAACAUUACUAAGUUUUGCGUCAAAAUCAGGAUGUUCCUUACAAUAUCCGAAUAUGAUCGUGGUGUCAAUACUUUUUCACCAGAAGGUCGUCUUUUCCAUGUAGCCCGGCAUUUGUACCUGUGCUGAGAAAUGUAUUAAAACUAUCUUCAAGUUGUAAUUUUGUCUAAAACAUAUAGGUUGAAUAUCAAUUGAAGCUAAUCAAACUAGGUUCUACUGUCAUGAAAAAUCAUUGGUUAACAUAUGAUGAUUGUUUAUUGUUCUGGUCUGGUCAAGAAUUCUUAUUUGAUUGGGACACUUGAGCUCCAAAACCUCAUGUUUAACGGCAUUCAGACCAUCUAUAGCUGAAGCCAGGAAGGAAUCUCGCGGUGCCCAUGCCCGCGAAGACUUCAAACUUCAAAGAUUGUGUCUAUGAAUACGACUUCAAGAAGCCGAUGGGAGGUCAAUAGAAGCAACCUCUAGAUCAGCACUGGCGCAAGCACACACUCUCCUGGUGUGAUCAGGAGAAAGGAGAUGUCACUCUGCAGUACCGCCCCGUCAUCGAUGAAACAUUAGACGAGAAAGAGUGUGCGUCGGUUCCCCCCGAAUUGCGCGUGUAUUAAAAAGGUCUCCCUUACGAUAGACGAUGGGAAUUUCCGAGGAACCGCUUAAAACUCGGAAUGCAGGGAAGCAGAUUGGCGCUUGUUGUUUUGGACGAGUCCUCAAAGCUGAAGCUGUUGGAGUGAAAAAUCCUAACGACCAUUCCGUUGAUAACACUUGUGUAAACGUUAAAACUGUGGCGGUAAAAAUGGUCAAGUCCGAAACCGACAUCGCUGCUUUAGAAGCACUCGUCAGUGAAAUGAAAAUUCUCAUUUACAUCGGGUCGCAUCUUAACGUGGUGAAUUUACUGGGAACUUGCACCAAAAGAAUCCAUCGAGGAGAAUUGUUGGUCAUUGUUGAAUACUGUCGAUUCUGUAACCUACAAAGCUACUUGAUUCGUCACCGAAAUCAUUUCAUCAAUCAACUAGACGAGUUUGGUAACUUGAAGACACAAAACGACACGGAAGACAUGUCAGACACGCACUUUGACACACAAUCGCAAUCGCAAACUGUAUCAACAGUUCAAAAUUCGACAGGAUGUGAUUCAAAUGAGACAAUUGAAAUGUCCAAUCUCGAUAUUUCACUUAGUAAAUCGAUUGUUGAUUCUGAAGAACCUAAACCGCUCUCGCAAUGCCAACAAGACGUAUUGGAUAAUGCUGAUUCGAAUGAAUCAAUAUCUACCCGGGAUUUGAUCUCUUGGGCUUUUCAAGUUGCCCGAGGGAUGGAGUACUUAGCUGAAAAAAAGGUUCUUCACGGUGACUUGGCCGCCCGUAAUGUUUUGUUAGCUGACAAUGGAGUGGCUAAAGUAGCCGAUCUCGGAAUGGCUCGUAAAAUGUAUUACGAUGGAAAUUACGAAAAAAAGGAACAGUGACUGAUGCCGGUUAAAUGGAUGGCGAUUGAAUCCCUGACGGAUCGCAUUUAUUCUAGUCAAUCAGACGUUUGGUCUUACGGAGUUCUUUUAUGGGAACUCUUUUCUCUAGGAAAAGUUCAAUGUCCAGGAUUGGACGCGGGCCAUCAUCUCGUCAAAGAAAUUCAAAAUGGAUAUCGCAUGGAGAAACCAGGAACUGCACCUAGUUUUUUGGGAGAAAUUAUGACCAACUGUUGGAAAACAGAACCAAAAGAGAGACCAACAUUUGGCCAAAUUGAGGAAGUUAUAAGCAAACAUAUGGAGUCA